GAACGAGGCAGACAGCGACGUUCAAAGCAGCGUCGGAAAUACUAUCGCCGCACUUUGGUUGCUUGUUUUUCUUUGCGUGUCCUUCGAGGCGACAGAAGAGGAAAGAAGCAGAAGGAGCAGCAGGAGAUGAAAAGCUGCCGAUGAGCGGAUCGUCGUGGGAGCUCCGGCAAUGGCUGCCCACCGCAUCGUCAGAGUGACGAGCAGCAACCACGUCCUCCCCCGCUGCAGGUCUGAGGGGACGCUCAUCGACCUCGGCGAGGGGGUCACGGUGCCCAGCCUCAACGAUGUCAAAGUGCCUUCUGCAAGUGCCUUGAGGCUGGACACGUCCGCGUCCUACGGCGACGCCAAGGAAGUGGUCGCCAUAAAGGAUUACUGCCCCAGCAGCUUCACCACGCUGAAGUUCGCCAAAGGCGAUCGCCUCUACGUGUUGGACACGUCGGGAGGAGAGUGGUGGUACGCCCACAACAACACGGAAAUGGGCUACAUCCCAGCCGCCUACGUCCAGCCUGUCGACUUGAGGGACUCCUCGCUCAGCGACAGCGGAAUGAUUGACAGUCUCGGGGAAGGAUGCGAGGACUGGUCAAAGGAGUUCGGAGGCUUGGGGGAGUGGACGGGGACGAGCCUGAAGCCCUCACCAAUUUACACCAACAGCCCCCUCCCUGCGAACUCCUUUACACGCCAGGUAGAUCUCAACUGCAAAGAUUUAAGUGUGAGGACUGAAACAGUGCUCAUUAUGUCUGACGCACUGGCAUCUCCAUCGUCCUGCUCAAACUUUACCCCCACUACAGUCUUGACCAACGGGUUCAGCAGCUGCCACAUUAACAGCACCACCCCGACCGGCCCAAACCAAGGGGUUGCGCCGAACAUUCACAGGGAUAACCCGUUUUUCAGGAGUAAACGUUCCCACAGUCUCUCAGAACUGUCGAUAAUGCAGGCGCAAUCAAAUCCAAUGUUACCUUCCUCAGGGUUCUUCACGGGCCUUAAGGCUCCGUCCCCGGAGCAGUUUCAGAGCAGGGAAGACUUCAGGACCGCAUGGUUGAACCACAGAAAGCUAGCCAGGUCUUGCCAUGACCUUGACUCCCUGGGCCAGAGUCCCGGAUGGGGUCAAACGCAGCCGGUGGAGACCAACAUCGUUUGCAGGCUGGACAGCAACGGAGGAGUCGUUCAGCUUCCAGACACACAAAUCAGCAUCCACAUCCCGGAGGGCCACGUCGGCCAAGGAGACCACCAGCAGAUCUCCAUGAAAGCCUUACUGGACCCUCCCCUGGAGCUCAACAGCGACCACUGCUCCUCUGUCAGCCCCGUGGUGGAGAUCAAGCUGAGCAACAUGGAGAUCAAGUCCUUCAUCACGUUGGAGAUGAAGGUGCUGGUCACUGUCAAGAAGGACAGUAGCCGCACUGCAAAGGUGCUUUGCGUUCGGAGCGAUUGCAAAGAAGGGCCUUACACGCCCGUUCCUAAUGCUUACCUCUACAGUGACACAGUCCAGGUGCAGCUGGGCAGUCUGGAGCCUUGCAUCUACGUGGCUGUUGUGGUUCAGUCGCAGUACAUCAGCCCCAACACCACCGUUUGGGACCACGUGCAGAGGAAAGUAACCCUGGGCGUCUACGGGCCCAAGCACAUUCACCCCUCCUUCAAGACCGUCGUUGCCAUGUUCGGCCACGACUGCGCCCCAAACACCUUGUUGGUCAACGAGGUGGGCCGACGGGGUGGCUCCACCCCGCCGGUGGCCCUGCGGCUGUGGGGGAAGCACCCGUUUCCGCUGGGGUUCCCCCAGGACCUCCUGGUGGGUUUGUACUCCAACAUGUCCAACUACCAGGUGAGGGCGGACGAGGGUGCCGGCGUGAUUCGGGGAUUUCAGGUCAAACUUGGGAAAGUCUGCCGGCUACUGUACACGAUCAGGUCGCAAGACCCCGACAGCCUUUCGGACUUCACCCUCAGAGUCCAGGUGAAGGACGCCCUCGACUGCAUCCUCACCCAGUUCUGCGUGCAAACGCCGCCGCCAACCGCCGGAGCGAGGAUGACGGCCCAGCGGAGGUUUCUGAAAAAGAAAGAGGUGGAUAAGAUUGUCCUGUCGCCGCUGGCCGUCACUUCCAUAGGUCCAAAGUUCCAGGACCGGUGCGUCACAAACCUUAAAUUCGGCAAGUUGAUCAAAACGGUGAUCAGGCAACACAAGAGCGCGUAUCUGCUGGAGUACAAAAAGGGCGACGUCAUCGCUUUGCUCAGCGAGGAGAAAAUCAAACUGCGAGGGCAGCUUCGGACCAAAGAGUGGUACAUUGGAUACUACCAAGGGACGGUGGGGCUCGUCCACGCCAAGAACGUUUUGGUUCUGGGCAAGGUCAAGCCCGUUUAUUGGGUCGGGCCGGACCUGACCACCACGAUGCUGCUGCAGCAGAUCCUGAAGCCUUGCAAGUUUCUCACGUACAUCUACGCGACAGUGAGGACGGUGUUAAUGGAGAAUGUGGGCAGCUGGAGGGCGUUCGCGGACGCCCUGGGAAACGGAAACCUGCCACUGAAUUACUUCUGCCGGACCGAGCUGGACAACGAGCCCGAGAAGGUGGCGUCGGUUUUGGAGAAACUCAAAGAGGAUUGUACGAACGUGGAGAACAAGGAGAGGAAGUCCUUCCAGAGGGAACUCAUGAUGGCGCUGCUGAAGAUGGACUGCCAGGGUCUGGUGGCCCGGCUGGUCCUGGACUUCGUGCUGCUCACCACGGCGGUGGAGGUGGCGUUGAGGUGGAGGGAGCUGGCGGAGAAGCUGGCCCGAGUGUCCCGGCAGCAGAUGGAGGCCUACGAGGCUCCGCACCGCGACCGGAACGGACUGCUGGACCACGAGUCCAUGUGGAAGCCGGCCUACGACUUCCUCCUGACGUGGGCGUCCCACGUCGGGGACAGCUACCGAGACGUGAUCCAGGAGCUCCACCUGGGCCUGGACAAGAUGAGGAACCCCAUCACCAAGAGGUGGAAGCACCUGACCGGCACGCUCAUCCUGGUCAACUGCCUGGACACGCUGCGCGGCGCCGCCUUCUGCCCCACCGGCCACGGAGACUUUGCCGUGUGAGCUUGGGGGGCGUCUUUCUGUCCUGCUGCUUUUAAUGUACUUGGUGUGAGUCCUGUGACUUUGUUCAUCUCCACAAGGACAACACAACAGACCUCAACCACAGCAGAACCACACGAGCUGUGAACUUUGACCUUUGACUUCAGAGGGCUGAUUUGACGCGGCGUCCAGACCGAGCAGAACCGGACAAAACAGACCUUUUCUUCUACAGAGCAGGUGUCCGAAUAAAGAGUCGGUAAUUAGCCAAAAGCAGCUAGCCCAAUGCUAACGUCCCAAGCAGUAAAGGCACCUUUUUUAUACAAACAGACAAUGUUUCAUCAACAGUGUUUUCUUUAUUUUCUCAUUUGCGUCAUGUUUUAGUCAAACAUCCAAAUGCAGUUUCCUUUUUCGGGCAUAAAAGUGCAUCCAACUUUUUCUUUCCAAAUUUAAAACCAAGUUUUAUCAAGAUGACAAUGUGAUGAAGACGUACUGCAGGUACGUCACAUUUUUUUAUUUAGUUACUGUGUCUUUUUGUUUCGUUUUUCUUGUGGUGCAUAUUACUGGAAGGUUGGUAAUGAAUUAAAUACCAAUCACAGUUCACUGCUCAAAUAAAUGACUGGAAAAUGGGAAGAAAUUCCACGUUUUUGUUAAAUGUAUGUUUGAAGAAGCAGUUCUGGUCAUAUUGUUUCUAUUCGGCCUUUGAUUCAGUGUUUGUUCCUGUUUGGUUUCAUAAUGUGCUCUUUGGGUGACGUGAACUUUAUGGAGUUUAUAUAUUUAUAUACACGUCUGUUUCUGUCCAGAUCAUUUCAAUAAAAUGGAACAUUUGAAACAAAUUGUGUGUGCAGAACAUCAGGUUUUAUUUGAUAAGACAUUAAAACACUGUCGGAACAUCAAAACCAGAGAAGCACUUUCAAUGUAUUGAUUAAUGUCUUAUUGAUCCCAUAAACAAACAGCACUGCUUCUGAGGUGGUUUCGCUGGUUUGAUUGUGUCGUGUUUCUUGUUGUGAGUCCAGAGAAUGUGAAGGAAGAACAUCAAGGUUUUAUUCCAAUAACAAAUGGGCCGAGAGAAAUGUACAUGAAAUCAUUAAAACGGGGCGUAGCUGCAGUGUAGAUACAUGAAUCAGAGGAACAUUCUGACUUCAAAUAAAGAGAGGAAUAAAAAGGACUCGGUGGGGGGGCUUUUCAGCUCGUACAGAACCGUGUGUCACCUGAGGAGCUCAUCACAGUUAUUAUGGAUGAGGAGGCCUUCGGGGACCGAGUCAGGUGGUGUGUGUGAGUGUGUGUGUGUCACACACAGGUUGUGUAUCGGGUGAAAUGCUGCUUUACAUCUCAGGUGUUCCUUCAUUCCGGCUCAUCACACCUGGUCUCAGGUCAGUGGGUAAUAUACUGAAGUCACAAAAGGAGACUUUUUUAUGAACCUGUGCUGCUAUCUUUGCUUUUUCCAAAAAGCUAAAUACAAUGAACAAUAAAGACGAUUUAAAGCACCUCCAUG